AUGAAGGAAGAAGAUAUCCUCGCGCGCCAAUCCCGUCCGCAGAAGCACUCUACUUGGGUCCCCAAAACCCGCGACUGGCGUUACGCAACCGGAGUUUUCCAACAUGAUGACAACGAAAACGCGUCCAACGACCGUUCAGCGUGGGAUGACAUGGACUACGACUAUCAGGUUGCCGCUCCAGAGAAGGGCAGAAGUCGAAGCGGCAGUGGCCCAAGCGAUAGCGACACCAAAGGGGUCGAUGUAAGCGCCUCGGUAUCGGCUGCUCCAAAAAGCGCAAGGAAGAGAGCCCUAUCGGAUAUCCCGAAACCCACCGUAAAGGUCCGAGCAUUCAAGAGGAAGUCAAAGGCUGCGAGGAAGAACGUCUGGAUGUCAGUAGCAAAACGCCAGCGAAUCAGCCCUGAUGAUGUAGAGGGCGAAGAGCCAGACUACGAGACCUAUAGCUUGACCGUCAGGUUGCGCUUCUCAGGCAGGCUCAUUAUAGAGGAUGCGCUUCCGGCUGUAUCAACACCAGGCCCUAUGCAUCUCCAACAAUUACCAGACACACCUGCUAACUUCAGCAUGCCCUUCGAUCCUCACACCCCUGCCACAGCUCGCACCGCAGCCUCGCUCUACACACCACACAUGUCGCAUUCGGGCGAAUCCGUACACACAUAUCCUCCCUUCCAGCGUCCAUGGGUAGACGAAACAAAAGACUUCAAUAUGCGGGCCGUCCGCGGCGUUCUACAAAAGCCGGGAUUCGUAGGGAAGGACCUCGGAGUGCAUUAUACAUGGUACAACGACGCAGUCCCCGUAGACGCUCUGCUCCCCCCUGGAGUACCUCUAUCCGCCAAAGAAGUCAUGGCCUACUACCCCCAUCACGUCCGGUGGAAAAGCAUGAUGGUCCGACUAGCGAACAACGACUAUCGCGGUGCGGACAUCGUUGGUAUGCAAGCGUUCUUCCGUGGCCCCCCAACAACGGACAUCACGGCGGCAGUCAUGAAUCAGUUCCAGCGCGACUCAGUCAAGAAGAUCAUCGAGGGUUUCAAGACGGACACUAUCAACGGGAAGCAUGAUGCAAACUUACAUACCGACCACCUGGAGCCAGGCAGAUACAUCGCGGACAGACGUAGCGGCUAUGUGUUGCCGACAUUCAGUGAUCUCCUCGCUGGCCUGAACCAUCUACCGUCUGGGCUUGAUGCGCGUGGCCUGACAGAGUGUCUGAGCUGGUAUCUCCAUGUCCGGGACUCUUUUACGCCAAAGUUGGAGUUGAACGUUCUGCAUACCCAAGCUUUGAUCCGCGCGCUUCGCAUCCCGCUCAAGCGGUAUGGGCCUCAGAAUCUGGAUUGCAAUGCACUUAAAGAGUGGAAAGAGAAGGGGAGGUUUGAGGAGCGCAAGGUGUAUUACGAGCCAGCCAGACCUACGUCGACAGGAACAGGAGAUGAAGCGCAGAAGAGGUCGCAACUGCACAUGAACCUAGACAACCACGAAGUCAAGCUUGACUACCAACUCCAGCUUCGCCACGUCCUCACGCUCCCAUUUCUUACCCUCCACAGUGUUAUGGGCGAAGCGCUCAAACUGGGUAUCGAGAAAGCUGAGAACCGGAUGACUGAGCGGGUAACCGCUAAGGGGAAGAAGAUGUUGGAAGCCAAGUGGGCUGCGAGGGUAGCUGAGAACGCGGAACCAGAAGAACAGGUGCGGGAUGUGGAAGCGCAACAACCACAUGUGAUGGAAGAGAAGUUUGAACCGAUCAUGGAGACGAAUGACAGUGCAGAGAAGCCUAGUCGCGUUCCCCGAACGAGCCUCACGGCCGAAGCACUACGUACUCUUGCUCCGGCACCGAGGAGAGCACCUACUGCGCCGCCACCCAAUGGAGGGCCACCUGGUUACCGCGCACCAACUUCACCAUCAACGGGGACAUUUACCAGACAGCCUCAUGGAACGCCUGAGCCCAUGUACCUCGACCGAGCGUGGGGUACACCAUCCCCUUCUUCCGCAUAUGCGCCUCGCUCAGUCGAACCCUACGGCAGCAUGGAAGACUUGUGGAAUGACGCACCACGAAGAGCCUGGCGUAGUGCACGAAAGAAGCUCGGUCUGGCCGCCUCUGCCGACGCAGCAGUAUUAGCUAAGAUGCUAACAGCAACGGCAAGGAUGGCGGAAAGUAAACUUGGAUCUCCCGUAUCGGCGAUACAGAGCUUCCCUGCUUUGCCUGCUUUGUACCAGGAAGACAUCAAGGAUGCCGCGGAGUACGCAGGUUUGCGUAUGCUGAAGACCGAUUCCGGGUUACAAUUACACGAGCUCAUCGCUGCGUAUGCCGGCCAUGGGAUGGGCCUCUCUGAGAGCGGUUCCGAAUGUCAAACAUCAUCCGGAUUUGCUGGGUGCCACACAGUCAUCGUGGAAUAUACUGAGGAUGCUAUCUUACUUGAUGGUCGACCGCUGGAUCGCGCCCACGAUAUCGCGAACUACGAAGAUGAUAUUAGAAUAAGUUUCGAUCUUGGCAGCAGAAGCUCGGCAACGGAAGAGCAAGUACGCGAUUUCGUUCUAGAGUAUCUGCGUAAAGUGUACAUUGGUUACACGAAGAGGCCCUGGGUCUUUCCCGAACAAAUCACUGUCAUAAUGACGGGAAGCCGAGAUAGCGUCGGUCGUGAAGAGAUUCGAGUGGCAAUCGCAGAUGCAUUCAGCUUAUUUGGAACGCGGGCCAAGAUGCUGUAUUCUGACCCUGAGUACGUAGCAGCGAGGGGCGCGGCUGAGAUAGCAUGGCGAGCUCUGCCACGUGACGAGAUCAUGGAACUGUGA